UCUAGCGGCGCAGCCUGACGUCAUCAAUACUGGCCGCGAGCCUCCAGGGGGCUCGGGAUCUCCGCUCUGCGAUUUGACCCGCGAUGCUGCGAUUGUUUCGGGCCGCUUCGCAGGCCUGCCAUCGACCCUCUGGCUCCCGGGUCCUCACCUCGCUAGCGGAGCACUCGGCACGGCCAGCCGAGAGCUCGGAGCCGGGGGAUAGCGCGGGUCUCCUAAGUCCCGUGUUGCGCAAAUGCGAGCUCCGGGUCCCCGCGCACCGGCGCCCCGUGCAGGCCUGGGUCGAGUCCCUGCGUGGCUUCGAGCAGGAGCGGGUCGGCCUGGCGGAGCUGCACCCGGAUGUGUUUGCCACGGCGCCCCGGCUGGAUAUUCUGCACCAGGUUGCCAUCUGGCAGAAGAACUUCAAGAGAAUCAGCUAUGCUAAGACCAAGACCAGGGCUGAGGUGAGUGGUGGUGGCCGCAAGCCCUGGCAGCAGAAAGGCAGUGGCCGUGCCCGGCAUGGCAGCAUCCGUUCCCCCAUAUGGCGGGGAGGAGGCGUAGCCCAUGGUCCCCGGGGCCCUACAAGUUACUACUACAUGUUGCCCAUGAAAGUGAGGGCACUGGGCCUCAAGGUGGCCUUGACUGUCAAGCUGAUGCAGGAUGACCUUCACAUCGUGGAUUCUCUGGAACUGCCCACUGCAGACCCUCAGUACCUGACAGAGCUGGCCCAGUACCGCCACUGGGGGAGUUCCGUGCUCCUUGUAGACUUGAUACAUGAAGAGAUGCCCAAGAAUGUUGUGGCAGCCACCUCCAGGCUCAAGAGCUUCAACUUGAUCCCUGCAGUUGGCCUGAAUGUGUACAGCAUGCUCAAACACCAGACUCUGGUCCUCACCCUGCCUUCCAUCGCCUUCCUGGAGGACAAGCUACUCUGGCAGGAUUCAAGAUACACUCCGCUCUACCCCUUCCGCUUGCCCUACAAUGACUUCCCCUGACCCUGCCCUGGGCACCUAGAGGCCCACCCCACUUGGGGACCAGGUCAGCACAUCAUCUGUCCUGCAAAAAGGCUGUUCCCUGGAAGCUGCUGGGUCCCUGGAAGCUGCUGGGUCCUGGUGCCAGAAGCCAAGACAAGUGCCUCCUGGGGAUCUCUUGCCACAUUAAAAGUAAACUCAAUUGUUGACAAGACUUGGGAAUGGAGCUGUCACUGCGUGUGGGGUCUGUCAGCGCUUAGGCUGUUAAUCCAACGCUGAGCAUCCUAGGAGCCUCCUCCAGGGCUCACAUCCUGUUCCUAUGAAUGCCCAGCAUAUAUGGAUACAUCCUAUGUAAUGUAUAUUACAGUACAAUGUCAGGAGGAGCUUCUUCCUGCUGCCAGUAUAUUACAGUACAAUGUCAGGAGGAGCUUCUUCCUGCUGCCAGUAUAUUACAGUACAAUGUCAGGAGGAGCUUCUUCCUCCUGAGGCAGAUGCUGGGAACAUGCACGGGUGCCAAGCCAGCAGCCUGCAUUCACUUCUGGAGGGUCCGCCAGCUGUGUGCCAUGCGGGCUUCCUCUGACAGCUUUCCUCAGGCACAGAAUCAGACAAACCAGUGUCAUGUGUUCUUGUGAUAAAACAAAAAAUCUGUUUAAAGACAACACGCCGGUAUUCCCAGUUUUGCUUUUUAUUUUUGUUUGUCAAGACAGGGUUUCUCUUGGGGGCUGGAGAGAUGGCUCAGAGGUUAGGAGCACUGCCUGUUCUUCCGAAGGUCCUGAGGUCUCUGUAUAAC